AGCUGUAAUAAGUAGACCGAUUUGGUCCUGUAAAUCAGAAGGAAGUCGGCGGAGUUGUUUUAGAGUGCAUUUAUAUAAGUCUGCUGACAAUUUUCAGAUACCCAAGAUGGCAACAGAAACUGGAAGUGAAAUCAUGGAAGCCUUUAGCGCCAUGCAAGAGCAUGAGUCGGAUGGGAAAUGUGAGCGAAUAGAAGAGGCUGUCAUAUUUCUUGGAUGCACCGGAGAUGGCAAAAGUACUUUAACACAGUUCCUCAGUGGGAACAAUCGUUUGCGUUCGGAAGGACAAAAUGGGCAAUUUACUAUUAAUGAUUGUAGUGAUAAAAUUGGCGCUGCUGGAACUACAAUACGUUCACAAACGAUUUUUCCGAAUUUAAUUCCGCAUGGGAACUCGGGUAGAGUUCUGUUGGAUUGUCCAGGCUUUCGUGACACGCGCAGCAGCUCAACGGAAGUCACUUGCACUAUUCUGACUAAGAGAGCUUUGAAGUCUUGCUCGAAGGUAAAGCUGAUAUUGGUUGUAAGCGAAUACGCCGUUAUGGAAGGUGGAUCUCGGAGUGCCUUUCUUGAGCUCGUUAAGCAUUCAUUUGAAUUUGUGAAGAAUUUCGAGAAGUUCAAGAAUAGUGUGGCUCUUUUUGUAACUAAAGUCACAAACGUAGCAAUAACCGAUAAGGCUGGGAACCUUUGCACAGUUUCAGAUCGAGAUAUUGUAAACAACAUUAGAAAGUUUCUGGAAGAAACAAGGAAAACAAUAGAAGGAACAAAGGAUGUAUCUAGUGAAAAAUGCGGUGAUUACGCUAAUGCUGUUUUUCUGAUUGACUUGUUGUUACGAGGCAAUCGUGAUAUUCCUCGUAUUUGUAUACUUCGACGUCCUUCUGCGCUAGGUAGCCUUGAAGACUCGUUAGAUUUACAAAAUUGCAAAUGUUUCAUGAACAAUAUGAUCGAAAACAUUCUCGAUUUUACUCAGAUAAGCGAAGACGAUUUCGGAUUCUCCAUAUCAGCUGAAGCAAAACUCCAGAUUUUUAAAGCGGUGGAAGAUAUCAUUGAAAGAGUUCCAUUGAUAACCGCAAGCAUUAUGGAGAGAAUCGAACGGAUCUAUCACCAGAUUGAAGGCGAAGAUGACAUGGAACAUGUAUCUCAGGUGUUCAAAGAACAAUACGAGAAGUGGAACGACACCUCGGAGAAGUUAAGAUCUUCAAAAUUGGCGCGCGACUUUCUGAAUUGUUUACUGGAUCACAUGCAGUUUUGUUUGGAUAGCUCUCCUUUGCAGUUAACGAAUGAAGACAAAGACGAAGAAAAGGAUAUCAUCAAACUUCAGGACUAUAUUGAGCUUCUAGAGUUGAUGCAAAAGGCUUCUAACGAAGAAUUCCCGACGACAUCAUCGCAUGACAUAAUGUCUACGUUCGACAGAACCUUCAAUGCAGUACGUAAUGCAAACAUUUGGUACGGAACAAUGAAGAAAGUGCCCAAGUAUUUGCAAGCUUAUGAUUGCCAAAGUAGGAGGAACUCUGACGACCUUGCAAAGUUUAUGUCUAAACUUGAAAAAUGGAUCAACGAUCAAGAAGGAACUUUAGUGGAGGCUGAGCAUUUUAAGGAGGAAUUUGCAAAAAUUUGUAGUAAAGAUGUGGUCUACCAGAUAAACUUCGCAGUCAGCCCCUUUAAACUAAAGCAUUUGUGUCGCUUGUGCAAGUUAGCAUUUGCAAAAAAUUCCAUCGAAAUCGUUGGUAAUCGGAUGCGUAUUGCUGGCCGAUAUGUUUUAUUAAGCGAAAUCGUGCCAAAGGUGCAAGAUGAAAUUAAUGAAUUGGACAUUUUCGCAUCUGAAAAACUUUUCAUUGAUUGUGAUUUCUCAGCAGUUGGGCGAAAGAUGCAAAUGUUUGUAGCAGUACCAGAGUGGGAAGUAACUGGAGAGCAGCGCUCAAUUGUCUUAGAUGGUGUUCCCGGAGAAACUGAUUUGGGCGUUUCAAAGAAAGGAGAAAGUCUGGGUAUGAAAGGAAAAGAUGGUAUGCCCGGUUUCCCGGGAGGUUCUGGCGGAAAUUUUUUGGGUGUUUUGAUUAAUUUAAAAAACGCAGAAAACUUGAAAAUCAGUGCCUGUGGAGGAAAGGGUGGUUAUGGCCAAGAUGGAGGCGAAGGUCAUCGAGGAGAGGACGGUACUGAUGCCAAACUGCCAGCGAAUCAAGAAGAACUUUUCAAUAAGAAAUAUUCGUCUGGCGACAAAUGCAAGACAAAGAAUGAGAGGGGAUAUUCUUUCUUCCAAAAAAUACACGGUCGAAGCGCUGAAUUCAAGAUACCGGGGGAAAAAGGCAAGCCUGGUGGAAAUGGAGGGAAUGGAGGAUGUGGCGGUGAAGGUGGUUUUCCAGGGCAGGUGCUCUUUAUCGGGUCUGAUUCAUGUAAUUUGCCAAAGGUAGUUGCGAAGAGGGGCGAUAGGGGGCAAAAUGGGAAGGGUGGUCGGGGUGGUUUGGGAGGGAAAACUGGCAUAUCGAUUGUGGGUUCCAUUGCAACAUCAGGCAUGUCAGGUAUAUUUCACUGGAAAGAUUCGGAGUCAUUUAGAAGUGAAAAGGUUACGUCCGAAGAGGUUGCUGAAAAAGGCUUAGAUGGUAAGAGUGGCUGUGCCAAAACCAAAUCGAUAACACCGGAACCUUGUGAAUAUAAAAACUUUAUACAGCCGCUUGCUGAUUACAUAGGAUGGUUUUCGUCCAAUUUUGAGACGGAAUCCAAAGAUACUGAAUACAUCAAACGCUUGAGAGAAAUUUCUAAUUUUGGUAAAUGUGAACGAAUACAAGCUUUUGCCGAUGAGUUAAUUCAACUAGAAAACUUGAUGGUGGCACAUGAGGAUCGAACUGCGUGUCGAGAUAAAUAUGUGCUGUUGAAGUUAUAUAUUUUGUAUUUUUCCUCUAUCACUUAUAAGUUCAACGCUGAGGAUUUUAAGAUUUUGUGCUUCGUCUAUGUGAUCACAUUAUUUAGACACGCCUCUGAUUUGCGGGAAAUUCCUGAAUCAAAGUCUCAUUUUGUCUCUGAAGUAGCUCAGAAAAUUGUUGCCGGUGCCAGGAAGGAAGAGAAUAACGGCGGACUUACUUACGGUGCUGAUUAUGUAUCUAUUUUUGAGAAUAUAAUGCUUAAACUCCAUCAGUAUGAAGCUUUGGAAUUUGAAAUAGAUAGAUUGGCUGGAGUUUCAUUAACCGCUUAUAACAAAAACUUGGUGAGGGAGGAGGUCCAAAGUUUCAAAGAUAUGAUAGAAGGAAAGCUUGAAAGGAAUUAAUAUCUAAUGUUGAUACUGGACCUAUCGUCGAAGAUGUCGAAAUGAACUAAAAACUCAUUCAGCAAAAAUGAAUUUUCGCAUUGAUUUGCUAUAUUCCUUUUGAUAACAGUCUUCCUUUCCAGCCUAGGGAGUAUUGAAUCCACAUUUAUUAUUAAAAAUAAGUUCAAUAAUUUCAUUUAUUUGCCUUAUUUUAAAUAUUUAACCUUUCAUAAUAUUUAGCGUUUAGCAAAAUGUAUUGCUUUUCUUGA